GCUUUGAGGGAUUCUCUAGUAAUGAUGAGAAAAGGGAGCGGAAAUCGGAUUUUGAUAACUCGGAGGAAGAUAGGAAGACUAGAAUUGGGAGUCUGAAAAAGAAAGCCAUAAAGGCAUCUAGUAAAUUCAGGCGUUCUCUCAAGAAGAGCAAGAAAAAAAAUGGCGGCAGUGGAGGUGUUGGUGGAGGGGUUUCUGCUGCAAUUGAGGAUGUUCGAGAUGUCGAGGAGCUUCGGCUUGUAGAUGCAUUUAAACAGGCACUUAUUUCGGAGGAUUUGCUUCCUCCCAGGCAUGAUGAUUAUCACAUGUUAUUGAGGUUCUUUGUUCUUUUUCCUUGCUCGCUUGUUGUGCUUAUAUUGUUAUGAUAAAAUAUCUUGCUUGCUUUCUGUGCUUUCUGUUAUUUUGAAGAGGUCAUGCUCGGGGCUGCUGCAGGUUUUUAAUUCUUGACAUGUCCUCUUAUUGAUUUCUUGUUAGACUCUGUAUUAUAAUUUAUUGAUUGCUUAAAUGAUUGCUUGUUUCCUUAAACUCUGAAUGGAUUUUGUUGUGUUUUAGCUGUUACAUCCUUUUCCGAAUAAUAUUCGAGAGGCUGACUGUGUAAUUUGCCACUUGCUGUCAAUAAAUAAAUUAAGAUUGGCCUGUAAAAAAAGAAGGAAAAUGAUUGGCUGGUAAAGUCUUCAAUGUUAAGAUGUUCUUAAAAGCAAGGAAGUUUGAUGUCGAGAAAGCAAAACAGAUGUGGACCAACAUGCUACAGUGGAGGAAAGAUUUCGGUACUGACACUAUUUUGGAGAAAUUUGAGUUCGGUGAGUUGAAAGAAGUUCGAAAGUACUACCCUCAAGGUUAUCAUGGUGUAGAUAAGGAUGGGAGACCUGUUUACAUCGAAAGACUAGGAAAAGUUGAUUCCAGCAAACUUAUGGAAGUGACCACUUUAGAAAGAUAUUUGAGAUAUCAUGUGCAGGAGUUUGAAAGGACUUUUGCGAUUAAGUUUCCAGCUUGCACCAUUGCUGCAAAGAGACACAUUGAUUCAAGUACAACUAUUUUGGAUGUGCAAGGAAUUGGUUUGAAAAACUUCACCAAAUCUGCACGAGAACUCAUCAUUCAGCUUCAGAAGAUUGAUGGUGAUAACUAUCCUGAGACACUUUGCAGAAUGUAUGUCAUUAAUGCUGGUCCCGGUUUUAAGCUGCUUUGGAAAACAGUGAAAUCUUUUAUUGAUUCCCACACAGCUUCCAAGAUUCAUGUUCUUGGUAACAAGUACCAGAACAAGUUACUUGAAAUAAUAGACUCAAGUGAGUUGCCUGAGUUUCUUGGGGGUAGCUGUACUUGUGCUGAUCAGGGAGGUUGUAUGAAAUCCGAUAGGGGGCCAUGGAAAGAUCCAAACAUUUUAAAGAUGGUUCAUAGUGGCGAAGCACUGUAUUCCAGACAAAUAGUAACUAUUUCAAAUAGUGGGGGCAGGGUAAUUGCUCUUGAUAAGCCAUUCUAUCCAGUGAAGGUAAAAACAAGUGAUACAUCCACUGCAGAGUCAGGAUCUGAAGUGGAAGAUGUUGUCUCUCCUAAACCAACCGAGAGCUAUUUGCUGCCAAGGCUGGCUCCUGUCUCUGAAGAAGCCAUGCUUGGAUGUUUUAUACAGGCCAGGAUGGCUGGUAGGAUGAGUACUGCCAGUGUCUCUGAAUAUGAUGAAUACAUACCUAUGAUUGACAAGACAGUGGAUGCUGAAUUUCAAGAUUUACGUACUUCCAGAGGCACACCUUCUCCAUUAAGUGUAGAGAAGACUUCAGAAGGGAUCCCUGGUCGUGUCUGGGCUUUGCUUGUGGCCUUCUUCAUAACCUUUCUUGCCUUCUUUCGUUCAAUGGCAUUUUGGAAUACUAAGAAACACCCAGCAUCUGAUUCUGCCAGUGACAUUACUGACCUGACUUUUGAAACAGCACCAAAGGAGGAAUUCAGACCCCCUUCUCCUGCUCCAGGGUUUACAGAGGCAGACCUUCUUUCAUCUGUCAUGAAAAGGCUGGGUGAACUUGAGGAGAAGGUUGGUACAUUACAGACAAAGCCUUUUCAGAUGCCCUGUGAAAAGGAGGAGCUGCUUAAUGCUGCAGUUUAUCGUGUGGAUGCAUUAGAAGCAGAGCUAAUUGCAACGAAAAAGGCUUUGCACGAAGCUUUGAUCAGGCUAGAAGAACUUCUUGCAUAUGUAGAUGGUCGUGAGCAAGCAAGUUUUCAGAAAAAGAAGUGUUGCUGGUCAAGAGGUUUCUGUACAGGAGGAAUAUAUUAGUGUGGUCUUGAUACCACUCCAUCAAUUUCCAUAAUUAAUCUUCCAGAUACAUAUAAGGUACUAUUCCGAUUUACAUUGGUUGAGAAUUUGGUGUCCAUAAAAAAAAGAGGGCUGGAGUAGUUGCUCCUGUGGUAGUUGGUCUUCUCGAGAGAAGAUGAUUCGUGUUAGGAAGUUCCUUGUAUGUGGAGAUAUAGCACUUGGAUGGAUGUGCAUUGAAUGAACAGAGGAGGAGACCCAAUAAAUUUGUGGCUGUAAUUGGCAUGUUGGUGUUCCCAUGCCCCAUGGGCUCGGGCUUGGCUUUCACCUGCGGACUAAAAAGAGAGAACCGAAAAAAUAAAAGAAGAGAAGCGUUUUCGUUGCAUUGUCCAUUCUACAUGAAAUUGAAAUGCAAGCCCGACAGAAUUAAUCAUGAGAAGUUGACUUUUUGUCUAUCUGCACCAAGAGGCAAGGAACAUACCAUUAUCUCGUUAAGUUGGCGUGAUGUCGUUUUUUUCCUUGUAAAUAGAUAUCCCGAAAGUCAUUUUGUAUAGGGUGUGGGCAGUGGAAAGGAUGUGAACAUUUACCAUGAGGAAGUAUAAACUGUGCAAAUAGACCGAUCCCUUGCUUUGAAUAUGUGGCUGCUAUAUUAUAUUCUAGAGGUUUGGUUAAUGAGUUUUUCUUUUUACAUUAUUAA